AACGAGUUAAUUUGGCCCUAACACCGCACUCCCAUGCCGUCGUUUCUCGGCGAAGCGCUAGGGGACCCUGCUGUGUGUAACUUUUCAACGGGAGCCUGCGUGUGGAAACACACUGCCACACUGAGUGAAGCCACGGCGCACAAUGCUGCAGCAGCAACCGCUGACGGGGAACGGGCCUGCGGGCCGCGGCCUCUCUUUGAACGCUCACCCCGGACUGCAGCCGCUCAACUCGGUCCACCCGUCCUCGCAACACCGCUCCGACGGAGAGCCGGGCCUGGACGGCUCCGAAAACGGACUUGAGAAUCGCAGAGACAUUGGGGAUAUUUUGCAGCAAAUAAUGACCAUCACCGACCAGAGUCUGGAUGAAGCCCAAGCAAAAAAACACGCCUUGAAUUGUCACCGAAUGAAACCGGCUUUGUUCAGCGUGUUGUGUGAGAUCAAAGAGAAAACCGGCCUGUCCAUGCGCAGCACUCAGGAGGAGGAACCGCAGGACCCACAGCUCGUACGGCUGGACAACAUGCUGCUGGCGGAAGGUGUCGCAGGACCGGAGAAAGGAGGCGGAGCAGCGGCUGCAGUGUCUGCAGCCACCAGUUCAGGCGGGAUGUCACCCGACAGCUCCCUGGAGCACUCUGACUACAAGAGCAAGCUGAGCCAGAUCCGCACUAUCUACCACACUGAGCUUGAGAAGUAUGAGCAGGCAUGCAGUGAGUUCACAACCCAUGUGAUGAACCUGCUGAGAGAGCAGUCUCGUACACGGCCUGUUUCCCCUCGAGAGAUAGAACGCAUGGUGGCCAUAAUUCAUCGCAAGUUUAGUUCCAUCCAGACACAGCUCAAACAGAGCACUUGUGAGGCUGUCAUGAUCCUCCGUUCUCGCUUCUUAGAUGCCAGGCGCAAGCGGCGUAACUUCAGCAAGCAGGCAACAGAGAUCCUAAAUGAGUAUUUUUACUCCCACCUAUCAAACCCAUACCCAAGUGAAGAAGCCAAGGAAGAACUUGCCAAACAGUGUGGAAUCACUGUCUCUCAGGUGUCCAACUGGUUUGGUAACAAGCGUAUCCGCUACAAGAAGAACAUUGGCAAGUUUCAGGAGGAGGCCAAUCUCUAUGCCAUGAAGACAGCCAUAGGAGCCACGCAGAGUGAGGAGUCUCCACACACUCCAAACUCCACCGGCUCAGGCUCAUUCUCUCUCUCUGGGUCAGCUGAUCUCUUUUUGGGAGUUCCUCCUAUGAAUGGAGAACAGACAGCCUACCACAUGGGAGCUCAGGACUCCCAGUCCCGUUUUUCGGAGAGACUCUACAGCCCCAGAGAGAACCGGACUAAUGGAAGCUGGCAGGAACCAGGCUCUCCCCCUUCGGUAACAUCUCCUGGGAGUGACCACUCGGAGAACUCCAACUGACGCCCCAUGCCCUUUGCAUCGAGGUUUCUCUGGGUAGAGGGAAGGGGUGUGUCUGUGCUGGUGACUGACAGAGGAGACUGAUUGAUGUCCCACUCCGGCUGGCAUUUUGUUUUUUUUUUUUUUUUUUUUUUUUCCUUUU